GCCGGGCCCCCAGGCGGGGCGACAGGCAUCGGGCCCCCAGGCGGGGCAACAGGCAUCGGGCCCCCAGGCGGAGCGACAGGUCUCGGGCCCUCAGGCGGAGCAGCGGGCGCCGGACCCCCAGGUGGAGCGACAGGUCGCGGGCCCUCAGGCGGAGCGGCGGGCGCCGGACCCCCAGGUGGAGCGACAGUUCUCGGGCCCUCAGGCGGAGCGGCGGACGCCGGACCCCCAGGCGGAGCGACAGGUCUCGGGCCCUCAGGCGGAGCGGCGGGCGCUGGACCCCCAGGCGAAGCGGCGGGCACCGAGUCACCAGGCACGACAGUGGGCUCCGAGUCAACUGGCAUGACCGCUGGCACUGGGUCAGACAUUGGAUCGUCUGGCUGGACAGCGGGCAUCGGGUCACCAGGCAUCAGGUCAUUUGGCUCGACAGCGGGCACCGCGUCAUCUGGCAAGGCAGUGGGCUCCGAGUCAACUGGUAUGACCGCGGGCACUGGGUCAGACAUUGGAUCGUCUGACUGGACAGCGGGCAUCGGGUCACCAGGCAUCAAGUCAUUUGGCUCGACAGCGAGCACCGCGUCAUCUGGCAAGGCAGUGGGCUCCGAGUCA